CUUGCUACUACAAGACCAGCUCUCCUCCCACAGGAGUAGCUUCUCCACUCCCACUGGUACCUCAUGGGAGUGACCCCACUCCCACUGGUACAAUCUCCCACUCCCAUCUAGAGUAGCUUUAGGCAAAACAGCAGCAACAGAUCCAUUCAGAAAUCACAGCAUUAUUAUUAAGAGGCUUGGUUUUUGUUAAACCAGACUUUCUUCAGACAUCCAGAAGUAAAGACAUAUAGAUCAAUUCUGCCCAGUAACACAUUUUCAACCGAUUACAGAGAGAGCACCCACAAAUGUUCUUUGAAGAGUUAUAAAUCAAAGAGGGAGGCACCCUACCAGCUACUUGGAUUUUAUAUUAAGCAGUUAAUGUUCUUUCUUGACACUAAUGUUAGUAGUCAAGUUGGAUGGCUUAAAAGGGGGAUUAGACAAACAUAUGAAUGCCAGCUAUGUGGCACCUCCAGUUUCAGAAGUAGUAUACCAGGGGCUGGCGGGAGGAGCUACAAUGCUGCUUGUGGGCUUCCCAAAAGCAUAUGGCUGGCCUAUGCUAGAAACAGCAUGCUGGAUCUUUGGCCUGAUUCAGCAAGACUCUACUUAUGUUCUUAAAAGGGAGUUAUGGAAGAGUUCACGGAGGAGAGAGUUAUCAACAGUUAAUGGCCAGAAUGGCUAAUUGGAACCUCCAUGUUCAGUGGCAGUGCACUGUACCCCCAAACAUCAGUUGCUUGCUUAAAAGGACCAAUCAGCAGGACAGGGUUGUUGUCUUCAUUUCCCGACUGUAGGAUUCCCAGAGGCAUCUGGCUGGCCACUAAUGGAAGCAGGAUACUUGGGCAAACGUCUCAUCCAGCAAAGGAAAUUUCUAUGUUCCUAGAAAGAGGUUAUUUCCACCCUUCUCUAGUCUUCCACCCCUGUCCCCGCACACAUAUCUACUCCUACUUUUAACUCACCGAUUUCAAACAUCAGUUUCUCGCAAAGGUAAUUCAAAACCACUGUCUUGAAGCGAAGGGGAGUCCAGUCCUAACACAUCUUCACGCCUUCCUUUUUGGAACUUCCAGGAUAAAAGUUUGCUACAUGCUCCCAUGCAAGAAAAUGUAAUACACCGAAGACUUUCACCAUUGAGGUACCAGUGAAUAAAGUGGCACCCGUUUCUAUUGGCCUGGAAAAUCUUCAAUCCGGUUCCAGUCUCCAGAGAGAUUAAAAAAACCUAGAGUGACACACAGGCUUGAACUUCCGGUAGAAAUAGAAACCCUAGACGUUGAGUCGCAUCUCUCUGUCUCUCAGCAAAUCUAUGUUGCAGUCCCCCAUAAGUUUUUCAAAGGACGCUGGGUGGGGGAAAGCCCUGCUCCGACCGUGAGAGCAAUUGCAGCGGUACUCUUAUUCUAUCGCUACGGCAGUUCUCGGCACUUCCGAUCUUCGGUUUUCCACUCUAUCUUCUCAAUGCAAAGGAUAAGAUUCAACUGUAAUAUCACCUUCCUCAACCUUUGAAGACAAAGUUUCACGCAUUCUGGCAUAUAAGACCUCCCGAGUAUAUCCCAAAAGUAUGAGGAAAUCCCAAAGACAAAGUUUUCGGAAAGUGGCAGAAAACUAUGGUCUCGAAAAUGGAACACUUUACUAUGUAAAAAAAAAUAAAAAGCUUGAAGUUAUCCUAACCUUAAAGAAGGCAUUGGAAAUAUUUAAUCAAUUUCACAAGAGCUGCACUGGAGGACACUGCGGCAUUGGCAAAACUCGGACAGCCAUUGGGGCACGAUUUUACUGGCCAGGAAUGUCAAAGGAUGUUUUGCAAUGGGUGUCAACGUGUGAUGUGUGCCAGAAAUCUGGCGUUUCCCUACAUGGUGACACUGAGUUGCACAGUCUUCCAAGAAGAAAGAAUGGGUUUGUAAUUAUGCCUACACGUGCACAACAGCAACGUAAGGCAAGACGCCUACAGUAUCAGAAGAAAAAAGCCCAGAAGCUGCUGCCAGAAAUCAAAAUGGAGGAGCAGAAUGCAACAAAAUCUGAAUCCAGACAGAAACUGGAGGAAGGAGAAAAAGACCUUCAUGUUGUCCAAGUUGGGACCAUCAAUGAGUUCCUGAAUGAGGUGUCCCCAUCGCAGAUUAAGCAGGAACCAGAGGAGGAGCUGCAGCAGUGCUGGGAAACGCAGUGGCAGGAUUUCCUAAAGACUGUGGAGUCUCCUCAGUCGGGAUGGAAGCACCUAAAGUUACCUGAGCCAAUGUCUGAAGAAGAUACAAAGGAAUUUCAGGCCCCUUUCAAGGAAAUAGCUGGUGCCAGCCAGUGGCCUAGAGGAGAUUGGGUGACUCAGACCGUGCCAGGCCUCAAGGGAGCCCAUAAGCCCAACAGGGGCCUAGAUUCUUCCAUGAAAGUUAAGGAAGAGACCGUGGGUGAGGAUGCAGUCAACUUAGAGGUACAGCGCCAGCGCUUCAGGCACUUUUGUUACCAGGAAGCUGAGGGGCCCCGAGACGUUUGCAAGCAGCUGUGGAAACUUUGCCACCAGUGGUUGAAACCAGACAGACAUACCAAGGAUCAGAUUGUGGAGCUGUUGAUCCUGGAGCAGUUCCUGGCUGUCCUGCCCUGGGAAAUGCAGUGUUGGGUCAGGGAAAGUGGCCCAGAGUCUUGUGCCCAGGCGGUGGCCCUGGCUGAAGAUUUUCUCCUGAGGCUACAAGAGCCUGAAAAGUGGAAAGGAAAGGAGCCGGGACUGCUUGUGGAGUCAUUGGUGAAUACCUCCAGCUCAGAGCAGGAUCCAUUGGACACUGUGAAGAUGCAACUUUCCUUGGAAGCCAAGCAGAAGGGUGAUGGGGAGUCCAGUUUCUUUGAAGGCGAUGGGCAAGUGCAAGAGAACGAAGAGGAGACCUUUCAGCGGGAAAGACCUGAGCAAGUGGGCAUCUGUGAACUAUCACUGGAACAAGCCAAAGGGGAAUUUUUCCAGGAGUAUGAUAUGGGACUGAUGCCAGGGAGUCCCCAGGCACCAGGAGGCCACUGGGGGAACCAUCCAGGGAAGGCAACCAAACAGGCCUUCCUUUAUGAGGAAGACGAAACAGACUUGCACGACAGCACUUUUCAGAAGGGAAUAAUUACGUUUAAGAUCAAGGAGGAGCAGACCAAUGACAUAGGCUUUGAGCUGCUUAGCAGCAGUCAGGCCAUGCAAAUGGCUGAGAAGCCAUACAAAUGUUUGUACUGUGGGAAGACCUCUAAUUGCAAAGCAAACCUGGUGGUGCAUGAGCGAACUCACACUGGGGAGAAACCAUAUGCGUGCCUAGACUGUGGCAAAAGCUUCAACCGGAAGUCGACCCUCGUCAGGCACAAGAGAAUGCACACGGGAGAGAAACCAUACGAGUGUGCCCAGUGCGGAAGGCGUUUCAGCAUUCGGUGCAACCUUAUCAAUCACGAAAGGAUACACACAGGUGAAAAGCCCUACACUUGCUCUGACUGCGGGCAGAGCUUCAGUCGGAGGCUGCAGCUCGUCAUUCACAGGAGGACCCAUACGGGAGAGACCCCAUACCGAUGCGCUCAGUGUGGGAAAUGUUUCACACGGCGCUCCUCCCUCCUGACACAUGAGAGAAUUCACACGGGAGAGAAACCAAACACAUGUGCAGAUUGUGGGAAAAGCUUCAUUCAGAAAGGAUACCUCCUUAUACACAGGAGGAUUCAUACAGGAGAGAGACCGUAUAAGUGCUCCUCAUGUGAGCAAAGGUUUCUGAAUCGAAGUGAUCUUCGUAGACAUGAGAAAAUCCAUGCAGCAGUGAAUCCAUCAGGAUGCUAAGAUGAGAGAGGCCGCACCACUGGUACUGACCACAGCUUGCCCUGCCCAGAGGCAGAAGGAGUUUGCUUGAAAUGUUAAUUUUAAAAAAUGUUCACCUUUCUAAGAUAUUCAUAGAAAAGGUAACAUGCAAGUAAACCACAAAAGUGUGCAAAUCUUUAAUGGGAUAUUGAAGAAGAUUGGCACAUCUUCUCUUUGAAAAUUGGCUAAUGCUUUGGGGCUUUUUAGCUUAGAAGAAAAUAUAAAGAGGGGUAGAGGUUUUUAAAAUGAUGCAUGGUGUGGAGAAGGUGGAUACUCCCCCCGCCUUGCCCACACACUCACCAUAACAUUAGAAUUUGGGGCCAUGCAGUGCAACUGGUGAGGAGAGAAUUCAGGAUGGACAAAAGAUAUAACUUUUUUACACAGUGUGUAACUGAUGGAACUCACCGACACCAGGUGGUGAUGACCAUGUCCACAAGCUUAGAUGGCUUUCAAAUUAAACAAAUUAAACAAAUGCAUGGAGGAGAGGGCUACUAAUAGCCAUGCUAGCUCAGUGGAAGCUGCAUCUUCUAAGGCAGGAUUACUCUUAAUACUGUUGCCGGGGAGAGAAGGAACAACAGCAGGGCAGAGCUGUUGAAUCAGAAGUGCUCUUUGAGGUUAUCCUCAAAUGGCAACUCCAAAUGUCUCCAGGGUUUAAUAUUAAAAUCUGGUUGGUUUAUUAUUAUACAUCACUGAUGGGAACUUGGGAAGUAAAAUCCUAAUGAAUCUAACUGCAGUAGAAUUUUUAUCAAUAUUCAAAAGGAAUAUGAACACUAUCAAAAUCCUUCAUUACGGCAGAGGUAGAUUAGGAUUUUGAGGCAAGUCAGGAGGAGAAAUAACAAUAUUUGUGCUGUGCCUCUUAUUUACUUCUCCCUUUACAUAUAUCUGUUUUCUUAUUUAUUUUUCUUCCUGUAUAUUUUGUUAAAGCCUAAUUAAGGCUACUGUAAAACAAAAAAUUAAAAAAUUAAAUAAAAAUGAAGUUUAAAAAAAA